UAAAAGAGCGUAUUACUGCCACUCUGAGUAGCAUUAGUUCUAGCACGCGGUACCAAGCUCAAGAAAGAGAGAGCAGGAGACCGAAGAGACAGAGUUGAAACCAAGCUCAAUUUUGUUUUCUUAAUUUACUCAUUGGCUGUGGUUUCCCCUGGACACUGGACAUUUGGCCUGACUUUUCAAGUGAAGGAUUAUCAUUUUCCUGAAAGAGGAAGAGCUGAAGAGCUGAAGAGAUUUUUAUACUUCAGCAGUGGUAUUGAGAGCUUUAGGUUUUUAAAAAGAAGAAACCCAUUCAAUGGCUGCUGUGCGUCCGAGGCCAAUGGAAGCCUCUGGCUGCCACCUCCUGCCGGCCCACCUCCUGCCGGCCCAGCUCCUGCCUGCCCACCUCCUGCCGGCCCACCUCCUGCCGGCCCACCUCCUGGCCUCGGCCAACGAAGAGUUCCCCCAGCAGCUGCCGGUCCCCAAGGGCCCCGCCAGGUGCAAGAGCCGCUCCCGCCGGCCCCGGGAGGCCCGCUUCAAGACGCAGCCCGUCACGUUCGCGGAGAUAGCGGAGGUGGAGGAGGAGGGCUCCUCGCCCCUGGAAGAGGAGAGGGCUCGCCGCUCCUUCCUGCAGUCUUUGGAGAACCUGAGACGGAGCACCCAAACUCUGCACUGUCCGCCAGCCAGCUGCCACCACCACCACCGCCACCACCACAGCAGCACCACCACCAGCACGUCCCCACAGGGCAGCCUGGACUCCAGUGACUCAGACUCCGCUCCGUGAUUGGACAGCUGAGGGGUGAAGGACAUUCCACUACUGGUGGUCCCCCUUGCUGUACCUGACAACGCUUCAGAUAGAGGCCAGCUGAACCCAACAGGACUGUUAUGUCCAAGUGUAGCUGCAGCAGUCUUUGUUAAAAGUGGAAGUGUGCUUAUGCGGCUAGAUUAGUGCUAACACAUUGAUGUAUGUCUCUUAAUGCUGCAGAAUCGUAAACUGAACCAGCUCCGCUGGUUUGGCUAUGCUGAGACUGCUGUAAACGUAUGCUAAGUUUCAAUUAGCACGGCGACAUGAUGCUUGAAAACUCUUCUAAUAUAUUCCUAUUUUUCUACUGUGGAUCACUGCAAAAUGUAUACAGAUGGGGCAAGUGGUAUGGAUUGUGUUUCUCAAAAGUAAACAUUGUUUUCUUUCUCUGAAGCAUAUAUUCUCAGUGACUGCUCAUCCCAAUAUUAAGCUCUGCCAAGCACUCAAUUCAAACUGUUUCACAAAAGGCCAAGUUACUGUAACAACCAAUUAAGCCAAAGGAGGCAACACCUUCACAACACUAACUUUAAAUGACCUACGCGUUCACAUGCAUAGCCUAAAAACAAUGACAGCUUUAGGCAAACGUGAGGCAUGUAAAAAUAGACAGGUUCCACAAACAAAGCGGCAAUCCGCUACAAGUUAACACACUGGCAUAGCGAACGCGAACCGCAGCAAACUUGCCAGAUCCGCAAGCAUGACCAAAAAUACUCCCAUGCAUCCAGGUGAAACUAUUGGUUUCCGAUGUUAAUUCCCAAUGGAAAGGUGUCAGCUGGUGUCCUGAUUACCUACCCAAAGAAGCUAACUGUCCUAGCUAGCUCUUCUGAGACGUGCCGGCCUUGGGGCGACUGGCUACAGUGCUGAACUCGAUACAGUAUGUUAGUAAACUGUACGAACACAGUACAUUACUUACUUCUACUAAAAUGGAGCUAUCUAUGUCUUUCUUCUGCCUCUAUUUAUAAGCAAACGCCUUCUCAAAACAUAAUUAUUUUCAAAUGUUUAUUGUGGAACCAUUUGAUUGUUCUUUUAUUAUAAUUCCCAAUUUCAAACAUAUCCUUCACACUUUUCACUUACAUUAUUCAUAUAUUUUUAUUAAGUGGCAAUGUCAUAGUUUGUAUCUUAUAAUAAACAAUUAAAAGUA